GUAUCCGACGCUAUCGUAAUAACCGCCGAGCUAGCAAGGGGUAAGUGUUGAAUUGUUCCUUCUUGAUAUUGCAAAGAGUCGUAUAAGACUUCUGGCAAUCUUUCACCCGCUAAGGAAUAUUUCUCAUCCUCUCUCUUAUUACCAUACGUGCUCGUAUACACUCUAACAAAAUUGAAAGAGGAUAUUCUGUAUCAUCUAUACCUAGACCUACCUACAUAAUGCUUUCACAUCACUCAAGCAGCCAGGAAACAUAUUGGCUGAAUUUGCUUGUACAUAUAAGAUUUUUGUGAUAAUGUACGUUAUAAAUUUCGUUCAGAGUACAGUCUCAAGUAAAUUGCACGAACAACGAACGUGACAAUUAAUUUUCCUACAAUUGCGAUUAUUUUACAACAUUUUGAUCUUCAUUUUUGCAAUAAUGAAAUAAUUUUUGAAAAUGCGAUGAUUCAUUUUAAUUUAUUCACGAAUUAUUUAAUAUAGCGUGUGGUACAUAGAAUAACCGAUCAGGAGUUUGGAUUCAACAUAAAUAUAGCCUAUAUUAAGUAUGUGCAAAAUAAUGUACAUGUGCCCACGUUUGAUAUUAUUUUCCUAAAUUCUGUCCUUCAUCUUGCUGAUAAAAUAUUUAUUCUUGAUAAGCACCACUAAAUACAGGUAGAGUAUACAUACCUAUGUAUCUUGUUAGUACCUACAUAAGUUACGGCUAAAAUUAUUCUCAUCUUCAUGAAUUCGUCAACUCUUCAUCAGUUAAGUAAUUGCGAGAAGUUUUCGAGAUUUUUUUUCCGAAUAGGUAUCCAUCACACGGUCGCGAUGAAUAUUUUUCGUGAUCUGAGUUUCUUGGUGUGUGUUUUACGCUUAGUAAAUUGUUUAAUUUUGGAGACGAAACAAGGUUCGUUAAAAGGUGAAACGCUAUUGAGUCGUGGUGGACGUCCUUAUUAUGCUUUUUAUUCUGUUCCUUACGCUGAGCCUCCAGUGGGUGAACUUCGAUUUCAAAGUCCUGUUCCUCCUUCAAAAUGGCAAGGUGUAAAAGACGCUACUGUAUUACCGCCACCAUGCGCGUGCAUGUCUGCCGAAGAUGACAUUACAAUAGUUGGCGAAGAAGAUUGCUUGUACUUGAAUGUGUACACUCCAAAGGUUGGCAAUAAUACUCUGUUACCAGUGAUGGUGUUCAUUUUUGGGGGUCGUUAUAUGUACGGUAACGCUCUACCCAGCAGAUACGGACCUCAGUAUUUUAUGGACGAAGAUGUUGUCUUGAUUACCUUCCAUUAUAGGUUAGGAGUUUUGGGUUUCUUGAGCACCGAAGAUGAGGUUAUCCCAGGAAAUUACGGCUUGAAAGAUUCCAUCGCUGUGCUUCAAUGGGUGCAAAAUUAUAUUGAUUCAUACGGCGCGCGGAGAUAAGAGUAGAGUUACAUUGUUUGGAAGUAGUUCUGGUGGUGCGAGCGCGUCAUAUGCGUUGAUUUCGCCUCUGGCUAAAGUGACAAAAUUACCAGCUCAGAGGCAUUAUUGGCAUGUUUGAAAAAACAUCCUGCUGAGGAAUUAGUUAAACAUAAUAACAAUUUUUACGAAUUUGGUCAUCUACUUCCAUUAAAUCCAUGGAGUCCAGUCAUUGAAAAUGAAAAAGUACCCGGAGCUUUUCUCAUAGACGAACCACGCAAAUUGCUCGGAAGCAGGAAAAGUGAUAUCCCUUGGAUUAUAGGAAUUAAUUCGGAUGAUGGUGGGAUGUACGCUAUUUGUAGGCCUAAGUAUAGUAAUAUAUGUUAAAUCUGUCGAAAAGCGAAUUUCAAGUGAUGUUAUAGUGAAGUUGCCUAUAAAUGUAAAUGAGGGAGCGUCUUUUUUUCUGUUUGUGAUGGAUUCCAGACACCUAUUUCACACCUGGACUGUCAAUGAUCGACGAAUUGGCUGAAAACUACAAGAAAUAUUAAAUUUCCCUAUGGUGUUUGAUUAUGAAAAAUACGCACAAAGCCGCGAACAAGCUGAUAAACUUACUGAAAUUUAUAAAAAUUAUUAUUUCGGCGAUACUGAAAUUCGUGAUAAUGUUCACGCGUUUUCCAAGAUGCGUACUUGUUUAUUUUACUUGCCUGCGGUUAAGGAAAUAGUGAAAUUAUACCAAGGCCCCACUUACCUUUAUUAUUACGAUCAUAGGAAUAAAGAAACGUUCGGUCCUAUGUAUGCGAAAUAUGAUGACGAUAUGGGAGUCAUCCAUGGAGAUGAAUUAAUCAGUAUGUAUAAUUGGUCCGAAGUGAUAACACCGGUUACCGAAGGCAUAGAUUUAGUCGUUUCUAAACAAGUGUUGAAGUUAUGGACUAAUUUUGCAGCUACGGGUGAUCCUAAUAACGAUGGAGAACAGAUUUGGAGACCGGUUGAUUCGCCUGAUAUCAAUUAUUUACAUAUUAAAGGCGGAGUAUUGGAAACAAAAGAAGCUUUGUUGAAGACAGAGUACGAGUUUUUGGAAAGUGUUCUGUCAAAGUUGUCGAGAGAUGAGUUGUAGAUAACAUAAGAGAGAUGAUUGUUACAGUCUGCUCGGCAAUGCAGACCAUUUCAAAUACUUCUAAAAUAAAUUACAUUGUAUAAUAUUAUGUAGUAUUUUCGUAUGAUUAUUAUUGAUUGUUUAUUGUUUUUGAAUGAGAAACUUGUGGUUUUUUUAUUCCAAACUUCGUUGUGAUAUUAAAUUGAUUGUUUCAAAAA